AUGAUGGACUUUUCCGACUUUGAAAUCAUUGACCCAAUUGCCGAGUUUGGCCCCGAGAGCAGCGAUGACGAGGAUGCUCCCCAGCCAUCAAUCCCCCAUCUCCAGGGCGGUCAUCCUCCGUGGCAGGGCCAUGAGGGUAAGCUAGUCGGUGUUGUUGACAUGGGAAGCAAUGGCAUUCGUCUCUCCAUAUCCGACCUUUCGAGCCCAAAUGCUCGCAUGCUGCCGACCGUCUACCAGUACCGCGCCUCAAUCUCACUGUACGACUCUCAAUAUGACCCCGAGACGGGCGAAAAGAUCCCCAUCCCCGACGAUGUCAUCAAGUCUGUCGUCUCUGUUUUGAGUAGGUUCGUUGUUAUCUGCGAGGAUUUCAGCUGUAAGAGGGAGAAUGUCCAUGUCAUCGCGACCGAAGCUACGCGCGCCGCAAAGAACUCCAAGGCGUUUCUGGCUGCCAUUAAAGACAAGACAGGCCUCAACGUUGAGCUUUUACCCAAGGAGGAGGAAGGCCAAAUUGGCGCUUUGGGCAUUGCCAGUGGUUUCUCCAACAUGGAAGGUCUCGUCAUGGACCUUGGAGGUGGCAGCACCCAGAUCACCUGGAUGCUCAGCUCACGCGGCCAGGUCCGCAUCAGUCCCAAGGGAAGCUUCAGUUUCCCCUACGGAGCCGCUGCUUUGACCAAGAAGCUCCAUGAUCUCCGGGAUGGCAAGAAGAAGGACGAAGCUGAUGCUGCCGUCAAGGCAUUUGAGCAAGAGAUGAUUGCCAACUUUAGAGAUGCUUACCACAACCUCCAGAUCCCUGCGGAAAUGGUCGAAAAGGCUCAGAAGGAAGGUGGAUACCGUAUCUAUCUCUCUGGCGGCGGUUUCAGAGGAUGGGGAUACCUGCUUCUCUAUCUUAACCAGACGGAUGGCAGCUAUUAUCCCAUUUCCAUCAUCAAUGGCUACACGGCCAAGCGCAAGCAGUUCGAAGAUACCGAAGCCCUCAAGCAUGUCGCUCAUGCCGCCAAGGACAUCUUCCGUGUCUCUGAUCGUAGACGAUCUCAGGUCCCCGCUGUCGCAUUCCUUGUCAAUGUACUCUCUGAAUCAAUUCCCGGAGGUAUUAGGGAAGCGCACUUCUGCCAGGGUGGCGUAAGAGAGGGAUUCCUGUUCAAACAGCUGCCAACCUCCGUUCGAGCUAUGUCACCCUUGGAGGUAGCAACGGGUUACUUCGCGCCAGGCUCGCGACACCUUAUCCAGCAGCUGCUCAAGAGCUCAAUCCCUAGAGCUUCAAAGAAGAAGGAGUUCCCAGAGGAGUUUGGCGAGCCUGUUGUGGAUUCGUUUGCCAAUUCCAUGUACCUCCACAUGUUCAUGUCCAAGGAAACCGCCUCGACGACCGCGCUGUACUCGACCAGCGUCGGAGUCAUGUCUUCGAUCCACGGUGUCUCGCACCAAGACCGUGCUAGACUUGCAUUGAUGCUCGAAUCCAGAUAUGGCGGCGAACUUCCGCCCCGAGAGCUGGAGUUCCGCGAGUCUCUCCGUGAGAUGCUCACACCCGAAGAAGUCUGGUGGGCGUCUUACCUCGGCAGAGUAGGACAACUCAUCACAGCACUCUACCCAGCCGGAAAGAUCCACAAGUCUAAGCCGCGUGUGGUCUUUACUGCACAGUGGUCGUACGCUCUGGGCAAGAAGAAGAACAAGGAGGGUCUCCUGCUCACCAUCUCGGUGCAAAAGACAAAGAAUGACCCUGCCAGGACCAAAGAGACGGUCGAGGAGGCGGCUAGUGACGUGGAAAAGAUUGGUAAAAAGAAGAACUGGAUUGGUGAUGAUGAGCCUUGGGGUAUGAAGGUUAAGGUUAGGGUUGUUGAAGAGGGGAUCCUGUCUGAGGAUGGUGACGAGUAA